UUGGCUAUGGAUAAUUUAUAUUAUUCCAAUCAACAAACUUCAUGUAAUGGAAUUCCAUCUGAGAAGAAAAACAGCUUCCUUGUAUCAGAAGACCAUGGGCAGAAAGUCUUAAGUAUAUUACAGAAUUUCAGAGAACAGAAUGUCUUUUAUGAUUUCAAAAUAAUCAUGAAAGAUGAGAUAAUCCCAUGCCAUCGUUGUGUGCUAGCAGCCUGCAGUGACUUUUUCAGGGCAAUGUUUGAAGUAAACAUGAGAGAAAGAGACGAUGGAAGUGUUACCAUUACUAAUUUGCCCUCCAAAGCAGUAAAAGCAUUUCUUGAUUAUGCUUAUACUGGAAAAACCAAGAUAACAGAAGACAAUGUAGAAAUGUUCUUUCAGUUGGCAUCCUUCUUUCAAGUUUCCUUCCUGUCUAAAGCGUGCAGUGACUUUUUAAUAAAAAGUAUUGAUCUUGUCAAUUGUUUACAGUUAUUAUCCAUAUCAGAUAGCUAUGGCUCUCCCCGGUUAUUUGAUCAUGCCUUGUAUUUUGUCCAGCAUCACUUUUCUUUACUGUUUAAAUCCAGUGAUUUCUUAGAGAUGAAUUUUGGAGUACUGCAAAAAUGUCUAGAAUCAGAUGAGUUAAAUGUUCCUGAGGAAGAAACUGUCCUGAAAGUGGUGCUUAGUUGGACUAAACAUAACUUAGAAUCAAGGCAGAAGUACCUGCCUCACUUGAUUAAAAACGUGAGGUUGCAUCAGUUGUCUGAGGAGACGCUCCAGGACGUCCUGCUCAGUGAAGAGUGCUUACUCAAAAGCACAAACUGCUUUGAUAUGAUCGUGGAUGCAAUCAAGUGUGUGCGACAUUCCGGUGGCCUUUUCCCUGACGCUCGGCCAUCCACAACUGAAAAAUACAUAUUUGUCCACAAAACGGAGGAAAAUGGAGAAAAUCAGUAUACAUUCUGCUAUAAUAUAAAAGCAGAUUCCUGGAAAAUACUGCCCCAGUCACACCUGAUUGAUUUGCCGGGGUCCAGCCUGUCCAGUUACGGAGAGAAAAUAUUCUUGACAGGUGGUUGCAAAGGGAAGUGCUGCAGGACAAUUCGCCUUCAUAUUGCUGAGCCCUAUCAUGACGCCACUGAUCAAGCCUGGUGCUACUGUCCGGUCAAAAAUGAUUUCUUCCUGGUAUCACCUAUGAAAACACCAAGAACCAUGCAUGCGUCGGUUAUGGCACUCAAUCGGUUAUUUGUCAUAGGUGGGAAGACUCGAGAAUCUCAGGCCAUUAGAAGCCUCUUAGAUGUUGAAUCGUACAAUCCCCUUUCUAACGAAUGGGUGUCUGUUAGCCCACUGCCCAGAGGCAUAUACUACCCAGAAGCAAGUGCAUGCCAAAAUGUCAUUUAUGUGCUUGGGUCGGAGGUAGAGAUUACUGAUGCCUUUAACCCAUCUCUUGAUUGUUUUUUUAAAUACAAUGCUUCAACUGAUCAGUGGUCUGAACUGGUAGCAGAGUUUGGACAGUUUUUUCAUGCAACACUGAUUAAAGCAGUCCCAGUGAAUUACACAUUGUAUAUAUGUGACCUUUCCACCUAUAAAGUGUAUAGUUUUUGUCCAGAUACUUGUGUUUGGAAGGGUGAAGGAUCAUUUGAAUGUGCAGGGUUUAAUGCAGGUGCAAUUGGAAUUGAAGACAAAAUUUAUAUAUUGGGGGGUGAUUAUGCUCCAGAUGAAAUCACAGAUGAAGUGCAGGUCUACCACAGCAGCAGGUCUGAAUGGGAAGAAGUUUCACCAAUGCCAAAAGCCUUAACUGAAUUUUACUGCCAAGUGGUCCAAUUUAAUAAAUAUAGAGAUCCUUGGUUUUCUAAUCAUUUCUAA